UAUUGAUGAGUUUCUUUAGAUCAGAGACAAUGGCAUACUAUUAGAUAAUAGUGCCAAAGGAGAGUGCCUGGGAAGUGUUUAAUGAGAUGGGAAAAUUGAGUAUGGUAGGGAAUGGAAUAUUUAUUUAAGGUGUAAGUGGUGGACAUGUCUCCAGAUGAGCCUCAUGUGAAUAGGCCUUUUUAUCAAUACAUAAGGAGGGCUGAUGAAGUGAUCAGUAAAUUGAACGUAUUGGAAGCUGAAAUGUUGAAGUACAAAAUAAAGAAUCUGAAAUGCUCUGAUUAUUAAUAAUUCUUAGAAAGAAUGACCUUGUACACAAAGGACAUCAAUUAAAGUGAAGAUAAAUGGUUUGAUCUGAUUGAGAGCACUUUGGAUGAAAAAUAUUGUAAUUAUUUGUCUCGAUCUUAAAGCUCAAUUGAUAGAACAGAUUCAAAAUUUAGAGUAAAUCUCUGUUCGUAAAAACACCUUAUUUGAACACAAGGCUGUCUUGAUAAAAUCAAAGGAAGUGUUAGGUCCAACAUAUUACACAAAGGGAAGGAAUGUGGCCAUAAAUCCACAGAUUGGAGGAGUACCAGAGCAACAGAAAGUAGCACAACCACGUAUAAAUUGUAUGUAAUAAUGACUAUAGUUUACAAUCUGAAUUAUUUGGUGGGAGUAGUAGACAGAGUAGAAGCUAAUCGUUUUAAAAGAAUGGUAUUCAGAGCAUCAAAAGGAAAUGCUUGGAUCGUGUUAUCAGACAUAGAAUAUUCACGAAUUGAUUCUUCAUUAGAGACAGGCAACUUGGAUUCCGAUAAGUCAGCUGCAAAGAAUUUGGAAAAGUAAAGAACAGUCUUUCUGAUUGUGUACACAGGAGGAGGCCAAGACUUUUUGAGAGCCAAACUCAAUAAAAUAUGCGAUUCAUUUAAUUGUGCCAAAUUUGUACUUCCAGAUGAUCCUUAACUCUUAGUCUAAAAAACAUUAGAGUUGGAUCGCUCUUUGGAUGAAUGUGACAAUGUAAUAUCCCAUUAAUCUUUUAGUUAUUGAGGUUGACAUCAGGUAAAAUAAAGGAACUAUUAUUGGAGUAUGCUUAGAUAUAGCCAUAGUUGAAAAUAUCACUGUUGGAAAUGAGUAAGUUAUUGAUGGUCAAAGAGAAAACACUAUAUACAAAUUUAAACUAUCUUUAUCAAAAGGAAAGAAUUUAUAUUGGGUUCUUUUGGGCACCCAAACAUGUGGAAGGGGAAUUGCAUCAUAUGCUACACCAAUUGAGUGUUUCCCAAAGCAAUACUUCAGUUGGAUAAAUUAUUGAAUUGGAACCACCUGAGAAAGUGCUCAUACCCACUUACUUUAAGAUAAAUGAAUUCAACAAUGUAUUCCAGGAAAUUGUUAACACUUACGGAAUCCCUAGAUAUAAGGAAGUCAACCCUGGAAUGUUUGCUGUUAUGUUUUUCCCUUUCAUGUUUGGUAUUAUGUUUGGUGAUAUUGGUCAUGGAGGUGUUCUGUUUGUUUUGGCAUUCCUUUUAGUCAAAAAUGCUGACACUUUAAAAAAACUUCCAGAUUUUGCUGGCUUAGUUUAGGUCAGAUACUUAUUCCUAUUGAUGGGCUUGUGCGCACUCUAUUGUGGUAUUAUUUAUAAUGACUUCAUGUCUUUGACUUGGAAUAUAUUUGGAAGUUGCUUUGAAAAUGUCCCUGAUUCUGAAGAAACCGUUUAUAUUCAAGGAUGUACUUACCCUAUUGGAUUUGAUCCUAAAUGGUAUAUAGCAAGCAAUGAAUUGAACUUCUUCAAUUCUUUCAAGAUGAAGUUUGCAAUCAUUUAUGGAGUCUCUCAAAUGAUUUUUGGUAUUCUCUUAAAAGGAGUCAACAAUCUGUAUUUCAAAGAUUACUUAUCAUUUAUUUGUGAAUUCCUCCCUCAAAUGAUAUUUAUGUGCAUUACUUUUGGUUAUAUGGCAAUAAUGAUCAUGUUGAAAUGGGGAUAGAGUUGGGAAGGUAGAACUGAUAAGGCUCCUUCAAUUAUCAAUGCAAUGAUCAAUAUCCCUCUAUAAGGAGGUUCCACAGAAGGAAAACCAUUGUUUGACUUAGAGUCUCAAGAAUCUCUUUAAUAAUCUAUUCUAUUUUGGUCAUUCUUAUGCAUUCCUUGGAUGCUUCUACCAAAACCAAUUAUCGAGGUUAUCCAACACUAUAGCGGAAAAAAGCAUGAAAAGAAACCUUCAAGAGCACUUGAACCAAAAGAUGAAAGCAAGGAAGUCUUGAUGCCUAUGUUAUAGAGUUAAAAAUCAAUUAAUUAGAGUGCUUUGGCCGAGGAACUAAGAUUGUAAUUAAUCUAAAAGGAAAAAGAGAAGGAAUUAAGAAGAAAACAAUUGGAAGAAUAAAGACUCAAAGAAUAAGCAGGAGAGGACGAUCAGCAAAAAGAUUAGCCUUAACAAUUAUUACCAAAGUAAUCAGAAAAAAGUGGAGAACAUGGACACGGACAUGAGGAAUUUGAUAUUGGAGAACUUGCUGUGCAUUAAAUUAUUGAAACUAUCGAAUUCGUUCUUGGCUCUAUUAGUAAUACUGCAUCAUAUUUGCGUUUAUGGGCCUUAUCGUUAGCACAUGGACAAUUGGCUAAAGUGUUUUUCGAGAAGUGCAUUGGUGCAGGAAUUGUCGAUGGAAAUGUAAUUGUCUUAGUCAUUGGUUGGCCUGUAUUCCUACAUUGCACUAUUGGAGGUAUCUAUAUUUAUAUAUGGUAGUUUUAAUGUGCAUGGAUCUUAUGGAAUGUUUCUUACAUGCUCUAAGAUUGUAAUGGGUAGAAUUCUAAAGCAAAUUUUAUAAAGCUGAUGGAAUCAAAUUUAUGCCAUUUUCAUUCAAAGAAGUUUUAACUAAUCAACCAAAAGAUUAAUGAUUUAUUCAUGAGCAUUUAUAUAUCAUAC